AAUCUUGAGUUCCAUUCUCAUUUUACCAUUACAACUACUUUUAUUCGGACAUGUUUUGAACCGCCUAGUACAUCGAUCUCUCGAAGUGAAGAUAUAAAACGGUAUAAAAGUUGAAUUACUGACCUAUUUGUUUAGUUUCUUACUAUGACUCUUCCGACGAGUGGCAUUACUUCUUGAGUGUUCUUAGUGGGUUAUACGGAGUGGAAAGUGAGAAAUAUUCUUCAGCGCAUGCAUGACAUCGAUAAAAAAAUUGGAUUUUUGAUUAUUCUUAACGAUGAAGAUCAUUCUUCUUAUACUACUAUCACUAUGGACCCAACUUGGAGCGGAGUAUCCAAGGUACAAAAUCCGUGGACCACCCUAUCCUCCCAGAAUUCCAACAUCGCAGCAGUUCAUUAAAAAAUGGCAUCAACCGCCCCAGUAUCCACCGAGAGGACAUUUACGCAGACCUUUUCCACAAAUGCCGCUCAUGAUGCACGACUCACAUAAAAUUCCAAUGGGUAUCCCACAAGCGCCACCACGGCCAGUCGCCCUACCCGUCCGAACGUUCUGGAAGAAUACGCAAGCCAGUCUGAAAUUCAUGCCGGAAAAGGUGUAUAAGUCACAACCACCACCUCCUCCAGUGCUUCCAGAGAAACCAUUUUUAUCAGCUCCAAGUAUAGCCAUGCAAGAACUGGACUACCAUAUACAGACCAAUAACAUUCCAACAACCUAUACCAAUCCCAUCAAGCAGGUAGGAGAAAAGGGUCCAAUACAUACCAUCCCAGCUCCCAAUUUGAGUUUAAGAGAUAAACCAAUAAUAGUGGAAGAAGUUCGGAAUGAAAUAAACUACCAACACCCUCCGACAUAUGUGAAGGUGGAGCAGAGUCAUCAGUACCAAGUUACCGAACAUCCAGAACCUAACCCUAGCCAGAAAUUUUUCAGAGCACAGCAACAAUAUCAACAGAUACAGCAGCAACACUUAGAACAACAACAAUUACAUCAGCAACAGUUACAGCAAAAUCAGUUACAACAGCAACAGCAACAAUUGCAGCAACUAGAGAUUCAACAACAGAUGCAGCUUCAACAAAAUGCCCAUAAUCAAUUUGAAAGUCAAUCUCAAUCAUAUCCUCCACAGAACACUCAACAGAAUUCUCCCCAAGGAGACAUUAUUUUGAAUAACAAUUUGACUCCUCAGGAACUUUAUCAGUUGAUAGAAUCUGCAUACCCUAAAGAACAACAACAACAACAAACACAGCAGUUAUCUGAUUAUCAAACACUUUUGUCACAGCAAAUCUACCAACCCGAAGUGAGCCUAUCUGAUCAUCUGCAAGAGUCAGAAUCGGGUCAGGUAGCAUUCCAACCAGAAUAUCAUUCUUUCAACUACGACGAGCAAGCUCACCAAAAAAGCUUGUCCAAAAAGCAACUAUCCUCUUUGGUUUCAACUAGUCACAAUUUCCAUACUGGGGCUGAUGAGUUACAGUACGUUCCUGCUUCUAGAGGGUCAGCAGAGCAAAUCGCCCAAUCCGAAAUUGUACAAAACUAUUUUGAAAAACGUGCUGAUGUCGUUGAUAAUGAUGUCGAACCUGAUGCUGAAUCUUCUUCCAAUAAACCAAAGGACAAAGAAGAGCAGACCCUGCUGAAAUCUUCUUAUUAUUCUUCCCUUCCAAGUAAGGAAGCAGCUGAAAGACUGGCACAACUGCAGGCUGCGGGGAAAGUUAAUAGUAACCUGAUGAAAAUUUCCACAAAUUCACAAAACUCUGAGGAGCCCAUAAUCAUACUUGACGAGUCCACAAUAGACGAUGAAGGUGAUACAGAAGGGAAUAGAACUGGAAACAAUUCGAGAAGAGAGUCAGUGGAGUACGAAGAAUAUUCUGAUGAAGAUAAUACUGCUUCAGACGAACCCAGUGAAGAAUUCGGUCAUAAAAUACAGUCUAGGGAGAGACCGGAAUGAAAAUUUUUUGUUAUUAUUGUGACUGACAAUUCUUUAUUUAUUUUAUUUAUUUCACUCUCUUGCCUGUUAAUUUAUUCAUUACCAAAAUGUUGUUUUCUAUUAAAAAAUUGUUA